CAAGACUUCUUCUUUUAUCUCAUUUUUGGACUUUGCAUAACAUUGAGAGAAAGAAUAGAGAGGUAACCAAGUGGGAGCAUUCUAUAUCUACGGCGAAAUUCUUGGUGACUUUCGGUGGAUUUUUUCCCGGUAUAUUCAUUGUCAUUCCCGUGGACGAUGGUGUAUGAUCCAGUGUGGCACAAAUCUGAGCUCAAAAUCAUAGGAGACUGCAUUGGUGGUGUUGAAGAAGCUUUGGGUCGUUUGGUUCGAUUUUACACUUUGAGAAUUUACAUUUUCUGCAUUGUAGUUGUAAUAAUAUUUUGUAUACUACACUUUAAACUCUACAAAAACACUGACAAUUAAUUUAACCAUAUGAAUAAGUUAAACAGUAAAGUUAGAAACAUCAUGAACUGAAAUUAUUAUUAGAAAAAAUGUGCUGGAUUAUAUUAAAAAAUGACAAUGUCAUAAAGGAAGGCCAAGGAACUGUAUUAUCCAGUGAUAAGCUGUCAAGAUUCUGUUUGUUCUAAUUAUCAUUGACUAACAGGGGCUAAGAUAGUUUUCCAAUAGCAGUGCACAGGAAUUAUAAGUUAUUUUUACUCAAUUUGGAUGAUUAUAUGAUCCUGUUUGUUCCUAAUCAGGUUAUGUGUACUCGUGCAUUCGAAUAAUAUUAAAUCAACUUCAUUUCUGUCAAGAUUCCUUAUGCUUCAAGAAAAGUAGUGUAUCAUGUCACUGAGAUCCAAUUUUUCCGCUUCAAACGUUGGCAUUAUGUGUUAACAACAAAAUAUGCAAAGCUUGUCCCCUUUCUGUCUCACAUUGAGCAUGAAACUAGUGUGCAAUAAUAUUUAUUUCAGUUUCCAUUGGUGAUGAGACAUGGGAUGUGCAACAUAUUCUUUCUGUUUCCAUUUAUUCAUCUCUCUAUAUAUAGAUGGUGCCAAAUGCAGGUCUUAAACAUCUUCCCCUCAAAACUCAAUUUCAAAACGUCUUUAAAACCGUUCAUUUCAUUAAAGAAAGAUGGUUUUCCAUGUUAGAUCAAACAGUUUUCCAUCUAAAUCUCAUCCAGAAAUAGCGAAUGUUGAAGACCAUAUCUGCAGUCUUCCAUCUGUCAGGAGAACCCUCAUCGAUCAGGCCAAUGAGCUGCUUGAUGGAUCUCUGGAGCUUGUUGACAUAUGUGGAAUUGCUCGAGAUGUUAUAUUAUUGAUGAAGGAAUCUGUUGAAGAACUGGAAUCAUCUUUGAGAAGAAAUAGAGGUAUUGAUACAUAUAUGAAUUCAAGGAAAAAAAUAGAGAAAAUGGUUAAAAAAUCCAUAAAAAAUCUGAAGACAUUUGACCAAUGUUCUACAGUAUUCUUAAACAAAGAUAGCAAUCUUGCAAGCAUGCUAAAAGAAGCACAGACUUUUGGCUUCUCUGUCCUCAAGUCUGCAUUGACAGUUUUUGCAUCAAAACAAAAAGCCUGGUCACUGGUUUCCAAGUUCAGUCGGUCAAGCUGCGUACAUUCACAGACACAAGAAAAAUUGUAUGCCUUGAACAUCGACAAGUUGAGAAAAGACAUGGACACGUUAUCUGUGCAAAAUGUCAUAAAGCAGUUAAAAGAAUCAGAAAUGAUCCUCCAGGAACUUGAAGAGAAUUUGGAAGCCUUCUUUAGGAGUUUAGUUAAAACUAGAGUUUCUCUUCUUAAUGUCCUCAACCAUUAGGCUUUUGUAAUCAGGCUCAUAUACUUGUAAAUCAUUGUCAAUAUAUAUAUUUAUAUUACAAUCAAUAUUUGAA